GUCAGACAUGUCUGCCCUCACAACACACCCUACGCUACAGAUAUACUUUGGAUGAGUUGCCGAUUAUGUUACACCACUUGAGGAAAAGGGCUGAAAAGUUCGACGACUGGGCCUCUAAAGUGCAGACGCUUCUCAAGAAAAUGGAUACAAAUUGUAAUAACAAUGAAUCGGAGGAAACGAGAGUUCCAUCGCUGAAGGAACUGAAGGCUCUGUUGAACGACGCGGUGGUCAACAAAUAUCCGACAAAUUCUGAAAUAUACGAACACUUGAACACAAUAGUGACCGAAGCGUCCAAAUGCUCGCGAGCGGCAAAGGAUCUGCUCAGACAACAGGAGGCACUUCGCAAACAACAACUCACUGCCGGACCCCAGCAAACCCUUUCCCCCGUCAAGCGCACCCUCAGGUCCACAGCGGGCCGUAACGCCAACUCUGGACUACGAGAUAACCUCAACAUUAGACUAACGUUAGAAGAGAUC